CUUUUCUAAUAAUCAGGAUGACAAUCGUGAAAGUUUAUGUCCUAAGACAUGGAGAAACUGACGCGAACGCAAAUCGCAUUAUCCAGGGACAACUGAAUACUUCAUUGAACGCCGCUGGCCGCGAACAGGCGAUCAUUGUUGGCAACGUCCUCAAAAAUGUACCUUUUACUCAUGCAUACACGAGCGAUCUGACUCGAGCAGUAGACACUGCUAGAGCUAUACUUGUCCACCAUCCUAACGUGCCAUUGAUAGCUACUAAAGAUCUUAGGGAACGAUAUAUGGGGAACCUUGAAGGUGUCCAGGUCUUGGACAGGAAGAAACGCCCUCCAAAUGACUCUACCGUCGAGACUUCCCAGUCGCUGCUCGCUCGGCUUUUCACCUGGUGGAGCCAAAACUUGUUCAGCCUCCUAGUAUCCCCGGACGCGCCUUCGAUUUGCCACGUCCUAGUUGUUUCACACGGAGCAUCUAUCAGCACCUUAAUGAACGCUUUAUACUCGAUUGGCUUUAGGGCACCACCUCCAGAGAGGAAUUUCAGGCAAUUCGGGGGAUUGCUGAACACGAGCGUAACUGAGCUAGCCAUGGGCCCUGCGCCUUCUCCGCGAGGUCCUGAAGAUGCGGAGUGGCUUGGCAUUGUGAUUAGAUAUAAUGAUGCGUCACAUUUGUUUAGGAGGACUGUGACGCAAGAGAAUGUCGACGUUCAAGAGAACCCAUAGGGGUAAAUGCGCGGUUCGAGUGGGUUGUUAGAAAGAAUCGAAUCCGAAGGUCCCUGUGCGCCUGAUGCCUUCUAAUGAAAUGCCAGUCAAAUUCCUGGGAUAGACAUCUACCAACGUCUCGCAACCGUCGCUGAACCCUGUUGUGGCUUAAGG